AUGUGUAGUACUAAGAUGAUGUAUAAAACUUCCACGUAUCGGUCAAAGCAGUGUCUUUUGAGUAAGCUGAAGAUGGAUCCUGAUCUGAUUAGUGAUGCAUUGCGUACACGAGCCCAAGUAAUCACGAUGCAGCGACUUCUUUCUGGUGUGGCUGAUUCUCCCGUGUCUGUCGACGAUUACGAAAACCUCCAUAGAGAAGCAAUCUCCACUGCGCUGAAGGAAGAGCAAAAAUGUGAAGAUCUGUUAGCAGACCGCCAACAGCAAUUGAACGAAAUCAGAGAACUGUCAGCUAUGAUGGAUCCUGAGAAGCUGAAAUUGGCCAAAGAGCUUUUAAGAAAGAAAGAAGAGCUUACAAAGAAGCGUGACGAACUAUAUUCUUUUCUGAAGUCUAAGAACCUUACGCUGUCAGAUCUUCUCGCCCGUAAAAACCAUGUAGUAGAUCACAGCGCUAAGAUUGCUUAUCUUGAACAUCUGAGGGAAACAUGUAAAGAACUCAAGGAUGAAAUCGCAAUGUAUGAAGCUUGUGAAAACCUCGACAACAAUAUGGACAUUUGA